GCCAGGACCGGCCAUGGCGACGGACGGCGGCGGAGCCGGGCCAGGUCCCGGUCCCGGUCUCGGUACCGCUGCCAGCGGAGCCGGCGGCCGGCGGGGCCCGGGGCUGAUUUGGGCUGAAAAGAAGAGGCUGAACAAAGGGACAGAUGUGGUGGAGAAAAGAGGCCCAUACAUCAUGAGCAAACCUCCCUCCAUUCAGGCCAAGCUGAAGAGGCAGCGGGAGCUGGCAAAGGCAGCGCUGCGAAGGCAGGGGCUGCUGGGGGCACCCACUGCCCUGAAACCAACUCCUAAAAGGUCUGUGAAGUUCAACAAGGGCUACACGGCGCUCAGCCAGACAGCUGAUGAAAACCUGGUCUCCCUUGACUCAGACAGUGAUGGGGAGCCAGGAUCCAGGUGUUCCUCAGGAUACUCCUCCGCUGAGCAGGUGACCCAGGACCUGAGCCGGCAGCUGCUGCAGGAUGGGUAUCACCUCGACGAGGUCCCCGAUGAUGAAGACCUGGAUCUCAUCCCCCCAAAACCUGCUGCCUCCUCUUCCUGCCCCUGCUGUUUUGGAGAAAAUCUCUCCUGCGUGAUCCAGUAGCUGCACAAGAACAGGUCAAAAUCCAGCA